AUGAAUCACCUAGACAUGAAAACGAUUGUCGUUUUGGACCGAAACGGAAAAUUUGCCGAAAAAUGUCAUGACACGUUUGAAUUGAUAACUGGAGACGGAGCGAGGCAGAGAAGAUGGCCGAUGGAAAAGUCGUUCUGGACCUGGUGCCUGGAAGGAGUUUUCGAGAUGCACAGAAUUCUGUCAGACGUGUACCCGACCGAAAGUCCCCCGCUUCGAUUUGCCGUAGCCGAGAAUCCGCCGAGAAUGUUGGAAAACGAAUGGAAAGACGAAUUGCCAACAACAGAAGAGCUACAAAACCUGAUGUUCUCCGUAAAGCUUCCUGCAUACAAGCACACGGAGAUCAGUUUGAUAGGAGGACUUGCAGUUGCCAUCGAAGCGCUUGCGACGGAGACUCAAAAACAGAAAGACGAGAAUUAUGAUAGAAAAUACUCGGAGCGUAAGUCAAGUUUAAGCUUCCCUUUAAAUUUAUGAACUUUUCAGCGAAACCAACGGUUGUGAAUCCGAAUCCACCCGACAGAGCCAUCAACAACGCAAAUCUAAUAGUAUACACUCGAUUGCGGACAGAAGAAGAAGUGGAAAGGCUGAAAAUAGAAGUGGGGAACUUGCUGAGAACGCGCAACAAUAUUGCAAAUGGACCGAAUGGAGUGCGGUAAGCUUUUGUUGAAAAAUAUAAAUAUAUAGAAAUAAUACAGGGUCAAAGAAGUAACCUGAAGAGGAUUUUCAAAGUUUUUUGACACGGCGCUCUCUUAUUUUUCGAUACUCUUGCUUCUUCCACGUUCAUCUUUCAGAUACUGCGCAAUCACCUCGCUCCGUCUGUUCAUUGUCAACUUUUACGCGACCGGCGAAAGAUGUUUCAUCAAAACGCAUCCACUGAAGCCGCACCCCCUCAUCCCAAUUCUCAAAACAUGGGUUAUCUCUCGAAAGGCAGCCGACAUGCCCGACGCCAUUCACUCGGUUUUGUUCUCCGCAUUCGACCUCGGAUCCACAACAGUCACGAAGAUUCCGAUGAAAACUAGCGACGCAUCAAUUUCGUACGACGUGGAACUCUUUCACUCGGCUAAAGUACACGCGUUGCUGAAAGAAACGAAACUGAUUGACGUAAGUUCGAAAGAUUAUACUGAAAAUAUUUGGUUUUUCGUUUCAGGAGCACAGUAAGAAUGCUCAUUCGGAAGAUGGUGUCACUUAUGAUACAAUACGGCUCGGAUGGUUGACUGCUCCAAAAACAAAGUGGACAUUGGUGAGUAUUUCAUUCACGUCAUUCCCGUUUUUGAGUUUUGUAAAUAAUAUGUUUAGCUUUAAUUUUCAGUUCCCCAACUACGGAGAAGCCGUCCCAUUCACGACUGUCCUCGCCUACUCUGCUCCAUUGGCGUGUUUGACUCAGUUUGUGCUUAGCGGAAAAUUUGUGAUGCUGGAUUUGGAAGUUUGUCAAUGUUCCGGACGUUUUUGACACAUCUGCUUUUUUAGAAAACAUUUGGUCAUGAACACAACAUGCCCGACAAACUGGUCUCACAUCUUUUGAGUUCAAAUAAAGGACGAGUCUUCAUCCAGGAAGUUGAUUUUACGAAAGGAGGUAACAAAAUUGUGUGAUAGCAGUUUGAAGUGUCUAAAUGGCCUAUUUUUCAGUCAAAAAUAUACGCCGGAAACUGCGCCAUCCAAAAAAGCUGCGUCGUCCGAAAGUGCCAGUGAACAAGAGUCAAUUCAACAGUUUGUUCCAGCAAAUGGAGCUGGCAAUGGUUGCAAAGGACCGGUUGACGGAUGAAUUAAGUGCGGAAGAACAAAAAGAACGGUGCAUGCUCGAGCACUCGAAUUUGGAGCGGCGAUUUCAACGUAUUUCUAGAAACAUUCCCAUGUUUGAAAAGGACACAUUCAUCUUCAAAGAUCUCAUCCGCAAGCAACUUGAGAACCUGAUUGUGACGUUCACAAAAGUGAAAAUAACAGACGAGGAGUUCGGACAAUGCAAGGCGGAAAUCAGAAAGCUUCAGCAAUUGAAGAUCAAUGGAGAUUUCCUGAUUCCAGCGGACUCCGACAUUGGUCCAUGUUCAGUUAAAGAUUUGUCCGACCCCACGGAGCAGCUGAAAGUGACAGUUGUGGAGCUGGCCACGCACAUGAUCAGGUACAAGAAAUUUUCGGACGCACAUGAGAAGCUGUACAACUCCUUUGCGAUGGCUCUGCAAGUGGACAAACUAAUGAGUGGAAGUUCAGGGCAGAAGUGAGUCAGAUUCAGAUGAACCUAAGACAAUAGUGCUUAUAUUUUCAGAGACAUUCUCAAUUUUCCAGUCCUUGGAAAACUAGGCAAAAGGAAGAUCCAGGAGGGCGAAUCCCCGUUGAGCGAAUUCUUGAGGAAGAGAAAAAUUGACACGUCUGUUGAAAUGGGCGGCGAUGAGCCGAAAAAUUCUGAAGACGAGGAGAGAGUAAUUGAAGCUCCGCAAGGUACGGAGAAAGUCAAAGAAGCAGCCAAAAAUAAAAACAAUCCAUUUUCAGAAAUCAAGUUCAGCCUUUUUGAAAUGAUGUGUAAGAAAGCGGAAAAACAGGAGAACAAGAUCAGAAGAGAGUUUGUUGGAAGAGAGAAGUAUGGCAACAAGGCAAAGCUGUACACCCAGCUACUCGACAGACCGAUUAUUGACCGUGGCGACAGAUCCUCUAGUCCAGCUCCGUCUAAUGAUCGAACCGACAGAUUUCGAAGAAUGGAACGCGGGGAGUCUGGAACACCGCCGCCCAUUCGAAAGCUGUAUAAGUAA